GUUACGACGUAAAUAGAUUACGAUCAAACAAUUACAUCGGAUUAAAUUCACCAAAUUGUGAAAUGAUCAACCAUCCAUUAGCAGUAUACGCUGGCUCUAAUUACCUCAACAGUUCACAAUCAAUGUACAAUUUACAAAUGGCAAUAUACCGAUGAACCAAUUGCCGAGCCAUCAAACUAUUCCAGAUCACAAUCAACCGCUAUUUCCAGGUACUCGAACUGAGCCAAAUGCUUUAAGUUACUUGGGUCAUUCGAGUGGUUUUAACGGUAAAUUCAUGAGCAAUGAAAAUUUAUCGAUUGAUAAUCGAACCAAUCAAAGUGCCGCUUCCGUUGGAUCAACAACAGCUUCGAUAUCUUCAGCCCAAUCUCAACUACAAUCGGGCUUUCAAAUGUUCAAAUUACUUCGAGAUGCCGAGAAAAAAGGUUUCACCGCUGAUGAUAUUGAAAUCGCUUUAACAUUUAACUCAACUUCACCUUUAGAUUGGUUAGAUGAGAACUGGAAUAAUAUGAUUGAAACAGUUUUGACACUUUCCAACAAUCAAUUAGUUCAGAAUGAAAAGAAACGCCUCGGGAAGAAAUAUAAAUUAACAGCGAUCGAUUUAGUUACAACGAAAGACGCUAAAUUGGCCUUACGAUUAACCAAAGGUAAUAUUUGGCAGGCAAUCGAUAAAUGUGUCCAACGGAAGGAGGAAGAUAAAUCUGAUGAAAAGAAAGAUGUAAAAUCAUUUAGUCUCGAUAUCGAGGAAUCAGGUUCAGGUAAAUCUAAUAUGGACGCUGUUCCGAUCGCUUUGCUAACUAACCAAAACCAGCAGAACCAAGAGUCGAUACGAUUGUUACAAUGUUCAUCUUCGUCCCUGAGAAAUGAUAAAAAUGAACUUAAAGCCGAUGAAAUAACUUUAUCUCGAUCAUCUUCAUCUUCUGGUGAAUAUUUUUCUGAACCUUCAGAUGACAAUGAAGAUGAGAUGAGAGAGAAGAUAAAUGUUGGCACCAAUGUAAAUGAUGAGGAUGAAGAUGAAGAUGAAGAUGACGAUCGAUUGGUGGAUAUUGAAGUUAAAUAUCUUGACGCUGUUAAUGAAGUGGAAGAGAUUGAGGAAAAUAUUCUUAUUGAGGAAGAGGAAGAAGAUAUCGAAGAUGAUGAAGAAAAUGUUGACGAAAUUGAUGGAGAUGAGGAUGAAGAGAAUGAGGAACUUGUAAGAUUAAGGUCUGAUUCAGUGGAAGAUAAAGAAACAGAUGAUGAAGAAGAUAACGAUAACGAAGACAGAGACUAUGACGAAGAUGAAGAUGAAGAAGAUGAUGAUAAAGAAAUGGAGGAUUAUGAAAAUUUGAGAAAAAGUUUAGAGCAAAGAUUAUCUCAAUUGGGGAUUAACAGUAUUGAUGGUUAUAAUGAUGAUUCGGAUGAAGAUGGAAACCAUGAAGAUUUAGCUAAAAGUGAUAAAUCCCAAGAGGAAGAUGAGGAAAUUAACAGAGAUUUUGAAAUACUUAAUAGAGAUGAUUUUGAUUCAAAUGAUUCAGACAAAUGGAGUCAACAAUCAGAAGAAGAUGAAUCCAAUCAUGAACCAAUCAAAGAGUCUAUGGAGACUUUAAAAACAUCCUCACAAUCAGAGACGACAAUCAAUAUAACAGAAUCAUCAUCAUCAAAAGAACAUCAGAAAGUUAAUCAAGAGAAACAAUCAGAUAAUCAAGAAACUCAAUCAAUUGGUAAUAUUGAAAAUCCGCUGGAAAAAAAAGUUACAAAAAGUUUGAAGAAAAAAGUUGUUCCAUUAACAAAUCUAAAGGAGAAAGUAACAGUAUCGGAGGCCGAUGGUUCUAACGGUAAAUCAACCUUAUUACCUGUUACACCGAUCACUGAAUUACCUGUAAUCGAUAAGGAAUCGCUGAAUCCUCACUUUGGUUAUGCUCGAUCGGCAUAUGAAUGUGAACUGUGUGCAGGUUCAUUUCAUAUUCGUGAUAUGGUCUCAAUGAUUUCGUGCACUCACAAGGCCUGUGUUAAUUGUUUACGUCAAUACUUUUCCGUUCAAAUUCGUGAGGCCUCAGUGUUCAUAAUCACAUGUCCCUUUUGUUCCGAACCUGUAAUCUCAUCGGACGAUGAAGAUUCUGUUUGUGAUUAUCUUUCCCUUCUCGAUCAACUGGUUAAAUCUCUGGUAUCAGCUGAUCUUCACGAACUUUGGCAACGAAAAGUUCGAGAUAAAGUUCUAUCUAAAGAUCCAUCUUUCCGUUGGUGUACUAAUUGUUCAUCAGGUUUUAUCGCUUCCAAUCCAGCGGCUAAAACAAUUACCUGUCCUGAUUGUAAAAUCGUUAAUUGUGCCUCUUGUCAUAAGAUUUGGGAAGAUCAACAUACCGGAAUUACCUGUGAUCAAUUCACUGAAUGGAAACGAUUAAAUGACCCAGAAUACUCAGAUAAUCAAUUAGAACUUCAUCUCAAACAAUUCGGAAUCGAUUGUCCCAAUUGUAAUUUCCAUUACGAACUAUCCAAAGGAGGAUGUAUGCAUUUCCAUUGUGUCCAAUGUUCCCAUGAUUUCUGUGGAGGUUGCAGACAAACAUUCAGAUUAGGAUCAAAAUGUAAAAUCUCAAAUUGGUGUGAUAAACUUGGAUUACAUGCUCAUCCCGAAAUUGUUUAUUUUAUUUACGAGAUAAGAAGUCAAUGA